CAGAAUAUAUUGCUUAGCCUCAAUUCUACGCACAAGUACAGUUUGAAUGCUAGCUCAAAUAUUAGCUUCAAUUAUCCAUCCUCCGAUAAUAUCCUUGUCAAAUUUAAGUUCAUUCAUGUACGUACGUACAGCAGCUUGAUCUCACUCGCCUUCUGUUCUCCUUUGCUCAACGCUAUUAACUACCUCCUACGUACAAUGAGUGGAAUAUGCAUGUUAACUUUGCGACAGAAUCCUGAGGAAUCCAAGAAAACCGUCGUUUCAGUCGGACCGUUUGGAUCACCGACGUCGCGAGGAAGACCCUUUAAUGAUGGAAUACACUCAGCAGUGAAAGGUUUGGCGAUAGAAUAUUUGGAAGGGCACACAAUUGUUAACGUCCGGUUUGAAUAUGACGACGACGGAAUCUCAGUUUGGUCAGACAAGCAUGGUGAAGUAAAGAUCCCUCUGGAUCUCUUGUCAGGGCUCUCCGAAGUGCUCUCCGACAACAACAAAGUGAUCAGAAGAGAAACAGUAAACAAAGUCAGAAGCGAAACAAUUAGAUUCAAUUAUCCGGACGAAUAUUUAACUGCAGUUCAUGGACGGUAUUGUGACAACUUGUUGGGUGCCGUGCGCGUCGUCAACUCACUUACUUUUAAGACCAAUAGAAAUACUUACGGACCCUUUGGUUGGACGUCUCAAAAUGAAAAACUGAUCAACUUAGUCCCUUGUUUCUCAAUUCAUAUGCCUGGAAGUGAGAUUGUUGGCUUUCAUGGCAGAUCAAGCAGGAAUAAGUGGUUGGGUGGUAUUUAUUCAAUAGGAGCCUAUGUAAAGCCUUAUCAUCAACAAAUUGAAUACCCUCCGUCAAAAGCUCUGAUGCUUUAUCCAUCAGAACCUCCACGUCUACCUGAAUUUCAUUCUCAAACCAAGCUCAAUAAAGAUGACAGACCUCAAAACCAUAAACAUUAUACAGUUUCAAAUAUUCAAGUUAGCAGAAAUGAGGGAGAUCACAACGGAGCUUUCCAUUUGGGCGACAUAUAUGCAAACUGUUAUAUAGCCAAACAAGAGUCGUCCUCAAUCGGUUACGCCUUGAGAUGACACCUUCUAGCAGCUAGAGAGACUCUCCCUUGGUGCAUCCUGGCAAACAACAAGAUGAUCCAAGUUAUUAAAUUCUACUCUUUUCAACC